CGUGAUCCCCGAGUGGAGUAUGCCUUUUCGUCCGUCAGGUCUGAACACGUCCCUCGCCCCCAUGUACAUCUCGGAGAUCGCCCCGCUGAACCUCCGAGGGGGGCUCGGGGUGGUGAACCAGCUGGCGGUCACCGUGGGGCUGCUGCUCUCGAUGGUCUUGGGGAUCGAGCAGUUGCUCGGCACGGGGGAGUAUUGGCCUUAUCUCUUUGGGAUGGCGGUGGUGCCCGCGGUGCUGCAGAUGGUGUUGCUGUUCGUCUGCCCCGAGUCGCCCAGGUAUCUACUGAUCUCGAAGCAGAGAGAAGAGGACGCUCGGAAGGCCCUGCGUCGCCUGCGGAACUCCCCGCACAUCGAGGCGGACGUGGAGGAGAUGAAGGCGGAGGACCGGGCGCAGCAGGUGGAGGCGUCCGUCACCAUGUGCGAGUUGCUGUCCAUCAAGAGCCUGAGGAUGCCGCUGCUCAUCGGGGUGGUGAUGCAGCUGUCGCAGCAGCUGUCUGGGAUCAACGUCGUUUUCUACUACUCGACGGGGUUCUUCAAGGCGGCGGGGCUGGAGGACGACAUCGCGAAGUACUCGACCAUCGGGGUGGGGAUCGUGAUGGUCUUGAUGACGCUCGUGUCCAUUCCGCUCAUGGAUCGGGCGGGGCGGAAGACGCUGCAUCUCUACGGUCUGGGGGGGAUGUUCAUCUUCUCCAUUUUCAUCACCAUAUCGCUUCUCGUCAGGGCAAUGAUAUCGUGGAUCAACUAUCUGUCGGUGGUGUCCACGCUGAGUUUCGUCGUGUUCUUCGCCGUCGGCCCGGGGUCCAUACCGUGGAUGAUCACCGCCGAGCUGUUCAGCACCGGGCCGCGCCCUGCCGCCAUGUCCAUCGCCGUUCUCGUCAAUUGGCUGGCCAACUUCGUCGUCGCCAUCGGGUCUGGGCGCUUGCAGGAACUGCUUGGGGAUUACAAUUUCCUGCCAUUCAGUGUCCUCCUUGCUAUCUUCUGGAUUUUCACCAAGAAGAUGGUUCCGGAGACGAAGAACAAGACCUUCGAAGAGAUUUCCCAAAUGUUCAGAUCUGGACACCACAGAAAAUUGAGCGCCGGA